GAGGUCCGGCGUGGGCCGCAUGUCUCGUAUCUCAAGAUAACGUGUUGCUGAUCAGUUCAAAGCCAAGGCGGGUGUAAAAUCCCUGCUGGGUGUGUGACACGUCUGGACGAGCACGACGAGGUGCGUUUGGAGAGUGCCGGAUGUUUGAUGCUGUUGAGGCGAUUCCGCACUCUGGAGCACUGCAUGUUUCCCGAGAAAUUACUGCUGGUCUUGUGACUGAAUCCCAAUCUUUGGGCCCACCAAAUGUGCUCUCACCGCUCGAGGAUCCCGCUCAGCAAAUGCUCGGCCUCGAGGGGAAGAACGAUCUCGACUCGCCCCUCCGCCACCCUCUUGGCCCCGCUCCCCUGACUGGUCCUUUGCCUCAUCCGCCCUCCGGCCUUCCCUAG